UGUGUGUUUAUCAGUUUAUCGUCGUUUCGAACAUGGCCGUGGUGGAGUACGAAUCAAAAGACGACGGUUCGGCGGACUUGUCGAAAACGCCGGUGUUUUCGGACGAAACUGUGAAAACGAUCGAGGAACAUGAAUCGUUGGGAACACCGUUGCAAACUUCGUGGACUUUCUGGUUGGAUAAAGCUGUGUCUGGCACAACUGUCGAAGAAUAUAAACAAAAUUUAACGAAGAUUUAUACUGUGAAUACAGUGCAGAGUUUUUGGGCAGUCUUCAAUAAUAUACCAAAUGUUAACUCCAUGCAGGUUAAAUAUAGUUACCAUUUGAUGAGAGACGAAAGAUAUCCGUUAUGGGAGGAACCGGUUAAUCAGCACGGUGGAACAUGGAGAAUAAAGUGCCAUAAAUCUGAUACUGAAAAGAUUUGGAAGGAAAUGGUUCUCGCAGCUAUCGGAGAACAGUUUGCGGACUGUAUGGCUGAAGAUGAUGAAGUCUGCGGAGUAACUGUGUCCAUCAGAGACAAAGAUGAUAUGGUUCAAAUAUGGAAUAUGAACGCAGCUUCAGCAUCAAGAGCAACUAUAUUAAAAAAAGUGUAUUCUUUGUUACCUAAUGUGAACUUCUCAGACUUUUAUAAACCUCAUCAGUCGCAUCACGCUUAUGGCCGUUGUUAAAAAUACGUUGCUACUGCUGUACCAUCGGUCAGGAACAAGCAACAAAUAUCAUUCACACGGCGAUUUUUACAAGAAGUAUAAAUUGUAUCCAUACUGCUCUAUGAAGUUAUACCAAAUGGAAUCGAACUACGAAAGAUUUUAAUUUGUUGAUAAUAAUUUGUUUACUAUAGAAGCCUAAAGAUCGUUGAUAUUGUACCAAUUUUAAAAACCGUCAAAUAUAUUUUUAUAUUUACAAUGUA